UGUCGUAUCCCGAUUGCGUGGAACGAUGCUCAUGAUGUCAGUCGCUCGAUGGUCUGGCCCAGCCUUGUUUAUUUACUGACCUGUCACAUACCUGAAAUAUUGCUGAGUAAACAACAAACAAACAAAUCAUUUAUAGUCAUUUACCAAUCACUGAACUAGGCCUACCUGAUAUUAUACCUUUGCUACAAACACAUUCAUGAGUGAACAUUUUAAGGGGCAAAAUAUUUGUCGAAUGGCAAUAAGUUAUCUGAGGCCAGUAUUCAUGAUGCUUUUCCUAUGCUAUAUGUAUAUAGUUUUCUGACCACCAUAUUCUGUUUCAGCCCCGAGUGAUUCGAGUUUGAAGCAACCUGUGAAGGGACAAGAUUCUGAUCGACACGCGACUCCAUCACGAGUAGACCGCGACCUCUACGACGCCAGCGAGGCCGGGAACCUGGAGAAGGUGAAGUGGCUCCUGACUACACCGGGAGUCAACGUCAACUGUAGGGUGGGAGGGAGCUGGACACCGGUGAUGAUAGCAGCAUACAAGGGACGCAGCGAGGUGGUGAAGCACCUUGUGAGAAAAGGGGCUGAUGUGUCACUGAAGGACGAUAACGGUAACAACACCCUUCACCUGGCCUGUGUUACAGGAAAUGUAGAGACGGUGAAGUGUGUGCUGUCACCGAAAGUGGUGGACAUCAACAGUAGAGGAGAGGGGAGCGUGACACCGGUGAUGGAGGCAGCACGGUGGAGACACAGAGAGGUGGUGGAGUUCCUGGUGAGUGAAGGGGCUGAUGUGUCACUGGUGGACGUGGCCGGUAACAACAUCCUUCACUGGGCCUGUCGGGGAGGAGAUGUGGAGACGGUGGAGUUUGUGCUGUCUCUGAACAAGGUGGACAUGAACGCCAAGAACAGAUCGGGGAGAACAGCGGCUGGCGAGGCGAGAGCCUAUGGACAUCAGCGAGUGGUGGAACUGCUAGUGUCCCGCGGCGCUCAGUGACGUCAGUGUCGUGUUUGUGUAGACGGCGGAGGGGGACAUGAUGUUACAGACAGUGGCGUGGUGUGCCGUGCACGUCGUCGUGUUAUAUAUUACCGGAUUUUGUAAGAAUGUUUGUUGUGUUUGAGGAGAAAUAAAACUUGAUUAAAAUAUU